AUGGUGGUGGGAGGGUCAUCUCGGCAUAUCUUCGAGAUCUUUGUAGCUAGGGUGCCCUGGACCACGGCAGCAAAUGACCUAAGGGAAUAUUUUGCUAAGUUUGGCACUGUGAGGAAAUGCUUAUUGCCAUUUGAUAAAGAAACGGGAUUCCACAAAAGUUUUUGCUGGGUUAGAUUUUCUACAGAAGAAGGCCUCAAAAAUGCCUUGCAGAAGGACUCGCAUAUUCUAGAAGGGGUUAAGCUUGAAGUUAAGCACCAAAGAAGUAGAGGUAUUCCAGGCCAACAUUCAGAACGAAGAAUUGGGAACAUCAGUUAAAGGA